UCUGAUUUUGUCUCCCCUUUACGUAGUUUAUUUAGUUAAAAAAUAUUAAAUGUUAGUUAAAGAAAAGUUUUUUACAAUGGCGUUCUUAGUUUUUGUAAUUUCUUUAAGCUUUUUCUGCUACUCAGAAGGAUUUUUACUACCAAAAUAUUUUGACGAACCGACACCCCGUAUAGUAGGGGGAGAGGACGCAGCAGAUGGUAGCGUUCCUUAUCAAGCAUCUUUACGAUCGAUUUUUAAUUCUCAUUUCUGCGGAGGAUCCAUAAUAAGUAAUAAGUGGAUAUUAACAGCUGCUCAUUGUACUGUUAGCCAAACAAAAUACACUAUGUCUGUAGUGGUAGGUACGAAUCGACUUCUUUCUGGAGGCGAUAAGUACUCCGUGAAUAAGAUCAUAGUUCAUGAGGGUUAUGACAGCGUGCAUACCACUAACGAUGUGAGUGUGGUCCAAGUAGUUGGGAUAAUAGAGUUCAAUGACCGAGUGAAGCCGAUUAAACUACCUGACGAAGAUACUCUAGUGGGCGCUGACCUGGUUUUGACUGGAUGGGGCAGGCUUUCAUAUCCAGGAAACUUACCUGAUAAACUACAAACUAUAAACCUUACAGCUCUUAGUGUGACCGAAUGCCAAAAAAUUUACAUCGGCAUUGUGUCAGCUCCUGUAUACGAAACUCAAAUAUGCUCGUUGACUAAAAGAGGAGAAGGUGCUUGCCAUGGUGACUCCGGCGGCCCACUCGUGGAAGGGGACAGAGUGGUCGGGAUAGUGUCCUGGGGGGUGCCUUGCGCGAAAGGUUAUCCCGAUGUGUACACUCGAGUAUUUGCUUUCAAACAUUGGAUAGAAGAAAAAACUAACAUUUCUGAGUGAACUUUAUAUUUAUAAAUUUCUCUCAACAAUAUAUAAACACAAAUAUAUUAUAAGUAAAUAU